AUGAAUCGCCCUGCCCCUGUUGAGAUCACCUAUGAGUGUAUGAAGUUUCUGAUCACCCACAACCCCACCAACUCCCAGCUGGUGAAAUUUAUAGAGGUACAGUAUUAACUCCUAUAAUACAUAUCCCCAUAUGCUUUGUAUUCACCUAAAGCAUCGUGUUAUUUGAGUUUAUAGCGUUUUCUUAUGUCAAGACAGAUUGGAAUGAACUGAAAAACAGACACUGUCUUGAUUACUAACCUAAAACACUUAUUCUCUCUUAUAUGCAGGACCUCAAGGCUUUUGGGGUGCAGACACUGGUCAGAGUGUGUAAUGCCACUUACGACAAAACCCCUGUGGAGCAGGAAGGCAUCACUGUUGUGGUAAGACAACUUCUGUUCUCUUCUGCUGUGAUUUUAACCCAUCAGAGACCUUCAGAUUUGGUUGGAGCUGAUAACUUCAGGCAUUCUGGUUCCAAUUGUCCGUUGUAUCUACAUGACAUCUAGGUCUAUCUUUUUCCUUAUGAUGGAGGUUGCAUGAAAGCAUUAGGCCUAUCAAUUACACUACCUAAUCAAUUAAUCCAUGAAUGGAGCCUAAUACCAACCAUAUGUUUUCCUCAAACAGGAUUGGCCCUUUGACGAUGGUUCUUCCCCCCCUGAACAAGUCGUUGAUGACUGGCUCAACCUCCUCAAGUGUAAAUUCAGAGAAGAACCCGGUUGUUGCAUUGCAGUGCAUUGUGUGGCGGGGUUGGGUCGGUGAGUUGUCUGCCUACAUGUUCAAUCUAUUUGCCUAUUGUAUCUUCUCCUUCCUUGGAAUGUCUGCUUGCCACCAACACAUUGGGACUUAUAGCAAAAGCAGUGUGUACUGAAUGAGUUAUGAAUAAUGACCAUUUAAUUCUCAGAUUUGUUGUAUUUUAUAUUACACAUCAACUUUCCCAUCUCUACAGUACACUUGAUAUAAUUGAUAUAAUUUCUCUCCAGAGCCCCAGUCCUGGUAGCGUUGGCGUUGAUUGAGUGUGGGAUGGAGUAUGAAGAUGCUGUUCACUUUAUAAGACAGUAAGUUCUCUCCAUUGAUCAUAUUUUGACAUUUCAACCAUUUUCAUCUUCUUGCUACUGUGAUUAAAAAUGAAGAUGAUCUAAGUUAUGAUGAGCUGAUUCCUGAAUACGUCUUUCAAUGUGACAUUCAAAGUGCCAUCAAAAUGCCAAAUCAUCAAAAUCAAUAACGAUUGCCAUCAAAAUGCAAAAUCAUCUAAAUCAAAAACGAUUUCCAUCAAAAUGCCAUCCUUUUUUCUUCUCUCAGAAAGAGACGUGGAGCCAUCAACUCAAAACAACUAAUGUACCUCGAAAACUACAAACCCAAGAUGCGUCUCCGCUUCAAAGAUGCUAAUGGACAAAAUUGCUGCAUCCAGUAA